GAGAGUUGGAGCAUCGGAUCCCUAUCUGUGGGAAAAAAUAGAGAGUUGAGAAGGGGGGGCAUAAAAUCCAAUUAAGCAAGCUGCAGAUCGAAAUGGAGGCCAAAAUCACCCAAUUAUUUGAUUCCGUCGUCACAUCUUUCUUCAACGGCGCCGGCGAUCAACUUCCAUGGUCCUCUUCUGAUUCUAUCCGCGAAUGCGAAAGGGAAGUUACAGAUGCUAUCAACGACUGGUGUGAUGAUAAUGUGAGGAGUGAAAGCAUCAUGCGAUUGUCUUGGGCUCUUGUCCAUUCUAUAAAACCACCCGAUGUACAGCGCGGCAUAGCUAUGCUUCAAGCUUCACUCAGCAAGAACAAUAGCCCUUCACAGAAGAGAGAAAAGUGUUACCUGCUGGCUGUCGGCUAUUACAGAAGCGGUGAUUAUUCAAGGAGCAGGCACAUUCUGGAUCAAUCUUUGCAGAUUGAACCUCAUUGGAGACAGGCUCUCUCCCUUAAGAAAGCCCUAGAAGAUCAGAUUACAAAAGAUGGUGUGAUUGGAAUAGGCAUCACUGCAACCGCGGUUGGGCUACUGGCUGGGAUUAUCGCCGCACUCACUCCAAACAACUAACUCAUCCCAUCCGUCCAUAAAUCACCUUCACAUCAGAUCCAACGGUGCAUGCAUCAACUGCCUGCCAUUUCAGUCUGUCAUAUCACCUCCCCUGCUUAACUAUCAACUUAUACCAUUCCCAUUGGUUGAUCAGAUUUAAUCUUUUAUGAUUAAUGUUCCCAGUAAUUAUAUAAUAAUAUUAUCAAUUUUUGGGAGAACAAUAA